AUGGGCAGUCUUUAUCGGUGUCAUUCGGGCUCUUUUAUUCAAAGGCCACCUCAAUGGUUCGAAGAGGAUAAAGCAGGUUAUCUAUGCACAUGUGCUUUUAUAGGUUCGAUGGCAGGCUUAAUCAUCUCUGGCCUUGUAACCAAUGUGCUGAAUAAAAACACGAUUCGUCUCAACAAGGGUCCUUGUGGAGCUGUUCUUUACCUUUAUAAUCGCUGGAAUGGUAAUUGGGACCGUGAUAGACUCACUCUAUAUCGUAUUAUCAUCGUGGAGGCAAUUACAUGCAUACUUGUUUUCAAACGAAAUUUCAGCUUUGUCUUGACUUUAUAUGCCUAUGGAUGGCUUGCCCAUGGCGGUCUUAGACACUAUGACUAUCAUCAGGUCCAAGUCGGCAUAUGUCUUUUGAGUAUUAACCCGGUCCUUUGUGCGCCACUAUAUCUUGAAGAUGCUGAAUCUCCGGUAAUGGCUAAUAAAGAAGCUUCCACAACUAUUAUAUAUAUGUUCAAAUUGACACUCGUCCUCUGA